UGCCAGGCCAGAGAGGAGCCAGGAGUCAUGUGGGCGGCCGUGGGCCUGCUCUGGGUCCUGGCCCUUGGGGGGCCCCACCAGGCCUGGUGCUCCUGCCCCUCUCAGUGCAGCUGCAGCCUCCACAUCCUGAGUGACGGCAGCAAGGCCAGGACGGUGGUGUGCAGCUACUCCGACAUGACCCUGCCGCCUGCCUCCCUCCCCACGGACACGUGCAGGCUGCGCCUGGAGCGCACAGCCAUGCGCAGGGUGACAGCCGAGGCCUUCCGGUCGCUGGGCCGCCUGGAGCAGCUCUGGCUGCCCUACAACGCGCUGGGAGAGCUCAGCGCGCUCAUGCUGCGAGGCCUGCGGCGCCUGCGCGAGCUGCGGCUGCCGGGGAACCGCCUGAUAGCCUUCCCCUGGGCUGCGCUCAGGGACGCCCCCGAGUUGCGGCUGCUGGACCUGCAGGCCAACCGCCUGGCUGCCGUGCCUCCUGAGGCUGCGCGCUUCCUGGGCAAUCUCACCUUCCUGGACCUCUCCAGCAACCAGCUGAUGAGGCUUCCGCAGGAGCUGCUGCUCACCUGGGCGCACCUGAAGACCAGACCUUUCCUGCCUAGCCUCCACGCCAGGCUGGUCCUAGGGCUUCAGGACAACCCCUGGGCAUGUGACUGCCGGCUCUAUGAGCUGGUCCAUCUCCUGGAUGGCUGGGCCCCAAACUUGGUCUUCAUUGAGACCAGACUGAGGUGUGCCAGCCCACGUAACCUGGCCGGAGUGGCCUUCAGCCAGCUGGAGCUGAGGAAGUGCCAAGGUCCCCAGCUCCGUCCAGGGGCGACCAGCAUCAGGUCCCCUUUGGGUAGCUCUGUAUUGCUACACUGUGGAGCCACUGGGGUCCCUGGGCCCGAGAUGAGCUGGAGAAGAGCCAGUGGGCGCCCACUCAAUGGCACAGUGCACCAGGAAAUCUCCAGUGAUGGCUCAAGCUGGACUCUCCUGGACCUGCCCACCGUGUCUCAUUUUGAUUCCGGAGACUACGUCUGCCAGGCCAAGAACUUCCUGGGGGCCUCAGAGACUAUCAUCUCCCUGAUUGUCACUGAGCCCCAGACUCCUACAGAAGACAGUAGGAGCUCAGGGGCGCGGUGGACAAGGACAGGCGACAGGGCAGAGGCUGCUGUUUACAACAACAAGCUGGUGGCCAGGCACGUGCCCCAUGUGCCUGAGCCUGCCGUGCUGGCUGCCAGGCCCUCUGUGCCCAGCGUGAAGGAGGAGCUGGCCCUCCAGUACUUCCAGAUGGGCGAGCUGGGGGCGCUGUCGGAGGGGAAGGAGGCGCGCAUGGUGAGGUCGCUCAAGGUGGUGGGGGACACCUACAACAGUGUGUCCCUGGUGUGGAAGGCCCCCCAGGCUGGGAACACAACGGCCUUCAACGUCCUCUACACUGUCUUCGGGCAGCGAGACAUGCGGCGGGUGACAGUGCAGCCGGGCAUGACCACCGUCACCAUCGAGGGGCUGGCGCCCAAGACCAAGUACGUCGCGUGCGUGUGCACGCGGGGCCAGGUGCCGCGCAAGGAGCAGUGCGUCAUCUUCUCCACUGACCAGAUAGCGGAUGCCCAGGGCACCCAGAGGCUCAUCAACAUAGUGGUGAUCAGCGUGGCGGCCACCAUCGCCCUGCCGCCCACGCUGUCUGUGUGCUGCGGGGCGCUCCGCAGGCGCUGUCGCAAGUGUCUCACGAGAGGCUCUGGCGAGGCAACGGACGCCUACGUGCACCUGGAGAGGCUGGCUCACAGUGAGGACUGCUCGGAGGAGCUGUCCAGGCAAAGCCUCAGUGGAGAGGCCGACAGGCUCCUCUCUGCGCGCUCCAGUCUGGACUCGAAGGCGGGCAGACGCAUCAAUGAGUACUUCUGCUGAGGGCCACCCAGUCACUCCCCCCUGGACACUUGUACUCACACCUCC